CAGGCUCUGCUGUCACGGCGAAGCUUUGAAGCUUGCUUAGAAGAAUAACUCGCACAACGAGGAUGGAUGCAGAGCUGCGAUGUAACCGAAUGACAUGUCGCAAGGCUCUCAUUGAUAAAGCAGUGGUGACAACAUGCUCGCAUAUAUUCUGCGUCGACUGUGCAAACGAAUUGUUUAAUGCUUCGCGGUUAUGCCCUGCUUGUGAAACAUCAUUGACCGAGCCAGACGAUGUGGUUGUGUGCUCAUUAAACCCGACUAAUGACUACAAAACGUCUGUUCUUUCGGGUCUCAGCCCGUCCUUAAUCAUGGAAAUUUGCAGUCGGGCUCUAUCAUUCUGGCAGUAUCAGGUGCACCAAGAGAAUUCAUUCCAGCAAGCGGUCAUCCGAAACCUCAAUGACAAGCAAGCGCAAUUGCAAAAGCAGCUAGACAAUGUCAUCAGAGAAGCGAAUGGGGAAAUCAAUCUUCUGAGCAACAAGGUCGCAGAGUUGGAACGUGACAUGGAACUGGAACGGCGAAAGGCGCACGAACUACAAGAUUCUUUCAGAGAACGCGAGAAGGAGUAUCAAAAACUCAAGGCCCAAUACGACAAAGCCAAGCGGAAGUCGUUACUUGCCCCAAGCACAGCUCCGCCAGGGCAGGGUGUUGGCAUUGUGAAUAUGUUUGAUCGACCUUCUCAAGAUGAUCAUAAUAAAGGUAGAGCUAGUAUGGAUCUUGGUGCAGUGAUCGGUGGAAUGGACGCGAAUGGGAUACAAAGAACUCCGUUGGUUAAUCGCACCAUGGCUGGCCCUUUCGGGCCUCAUCAAAGCGCCGCUUGGCCACAGCCUCCUCGCCCUCAGCAGCGCACCAAUGCGGGCGGCCAACGACGACCUUUUUCUGUCAGCAACAACGAUCAUUCAUACAGAACAAACACCACCUCAGAACGCUCCGAUAGCGCCAACGAGGUUGAGAACAUGCUCAUCCCACACUUCAAUCGUUCAAAAGUUCCUCCGCCACCCGGUGGUUCCAGUUGGGGCGGGCCAAGCUCAUCCGCUAGACCUCGUCCUGCCCAGCAGCAUCAGUUCAAUAGCAACCAGGCCGUCAAACAUGGAUUCAGACCUGCAAGGUAAAUGUCGACACAGUAAGAGUCUAUUUCUAUUCCGAUUCCGACAGUAGUGUAAUUCUGAAAACAAAUAAUACAUGUAUCAUAUAGACGAAUCAGAGCGCUGUAUCGCAUGAAGGUAUAAAAUGUGCGAGUGAAAACAACAAAGCAUAAAUGAGCACCGUUCAGAUCAAACAUAACGAAAUGAUGGAUUAGUCAUAACGUAAAGUUCCAUUCUUAUCGUCUUCGAGAUAUUGUCCGA